AUGGUAAAUAUUAAUGAAUUGAACUUGCUGAGUGUAGAAUUCAAUGCAGUAUCAGCAAUAAACAAUUUGGAAAGUGUAUUCUUACCAAAGCACACUCAAUCAUUAGAUAAUAUCAGCAAAGCAGCGUUAUUACUUCCUUUUACGAUUCAAAAAGAAUUAAAGUUAUUCGAUAAAUGUAGCAUAUCAUCGGAAAAUAUUGAUAAUACAAACUUAGAUAAAAAUGAAAUUUCAGCAGAAAGGCAACUUAAUGCAAUUAGAAAUAUUGAAUAUAAAUUAAAUUUAAAAAAAAAAUUUUCUGACAAAAAGAAGAGGCUAAAUUACGUUUCAAACAUAUUAACGGAUAAAUUUUCUAUUCAGAACAGGUUUUUUUUCAAUACCAAAAAAAAGGAAAAAAAUAAAUUCUACGAUUAUUUGAAUGGAGAAGAGGUAAGUAUUUCAAAUCAUUUAUUUUAA